AUGGAUCCGGACAUCAUGCAGCGGGGAGGAUCCAAACAAAGAGCUGCGAACCGUGCUGCACAAACUUCGGCAGCAGUUCCAGAACCCAGCCGAUUGGCGACCCACCUUCUGCGGUCAUUCGGCUGGGGGAAGAUGUCUUUGCCAGAAGUACAGGUGGUGGCUGCACUGGUGGAAGAAGAUGCAUUGGAGCCAGUCAAAGCCGAGAUUCGCAUACUUGCCAAUCUCGGCUCUCGGGGCCUAUAUCAGGGAAAUCUCCGGAGAGACCUAUUGAGGCACACUCAAAUGCCUGCUCUUGUGAGCAGCAACGUGUGUGUGCCCAUCAAGAAAGCUCUCCGGGCUGCGAUCCCGUUUUUGGACCCUGUUGACGUGUUUCGGUCGCUGCAGCGACAGCCAAUGGUCUUCCGUGAGUUAUGCUGCAGGAACGAUGGUGACAUAGCGAACUUUUGGCGAGAGGUCGGCUCCUCGCACCCUGCACUCCUGCACCAUCCCGUGAAGAAGAUCAAGAACUACCAAUCCAGCGCGGUACCGCUGAUCCUGCACGGCGAUGGAGUUCCGAUUGACAGCAAGGACAGGUCUUGUGCUUUUAUCUCUUGGAGAAGCCUGCUCUCCUCACAGACCUCUUCAAAGCUCGUCCAUGUGCUGAUAAGUGCUGUUUGGACUGAGCAGAUCGUGGUGUCUUCCUGUGGCAACACUGUGGCCAGCAUCUGGGGACACGUCGUUCGGGCCUUUGAACGAUGUUUCGAAGAAUGCAAGACGAACAAUGACUUGUUACCGGUGCUCCUUUUUCUGACUGGUGACUUGGAAUGGUACAACACGAGUCACAACUUGCCACGGUGGAAUUCCAACUUCCCUUGCGGGCAUUGCAACAUCAGCAAAGACAAUAUGUUCGACUACAAAAACGUGGCGGAGGUUCCUGUGGAUCCAUGGCACUGCCCUCGCCGCAGCUGCUGCCCUCUCCUGCGACACCUUGUGAGCCCCAGUGGUGUGAUUCCGGACUGGAUGCACAGCAAGCACCUUGGCUUCGACCAGCGGCUGGCUGGCUCAACGUUGUGGGUUCUCUGCUGGAGGAUCCUUCCUGGCGGAGUAGAGGAAAACCUGGACAAUGUAUUGCUGCAGAUGAAGGACUACUGGCGGCAGCACAAGGGCAAUGGCAUCAACUACAUCACUCAGACCAUGGUCCUGGCUGACCCACAGGAUAUUCACUGCAGAAAGGGAUACCCUCGCUUGAAGGCCAAGGCAGCAGAAACUAAGGGCGUUGUUGCAGCUUUGGCGAGCAUCUGCCAACAGCACCUGCAACAGGACAACGAGGAGCACCAACAGAUUGCCCUGGCUUUGAGUUUCAGCCGCGAUUUGGACCAAAUGGCAGAUGGCAUCGAAGACUGGAAGCCCUCGAAAGAGGUGGCGGAUCGGAUGAUGCUCACGGCCGUUUGUCUCUUCCAGUGCAUGACGAUUUUGAAUAAGUCCUUUCUGGAGCAGGGCCAUCUGGCCUUCCAGUUGACAUUCAAGACACACUGGUUUCUGCAUGGGCUGCAGCUGGCGAGGCAUCUUUCCCCCAAGCUGACUUGGACAUACUCCGGCGAGGAUUAUAUGUCCAAAUGCAAGGGUCUCCUCAAGAUGUGUACCAAGAGCCGGACGAUGCUGACUUCGUUGGAUCGUUUCAUGCGGCAGUACACAGAUGCCAUGUCAAUCGAACUGGCAGAGAUCCUUGCACAGCCUGGACCGCCGCUCUGA